CGAGGUGCCUGGACGUUUUUUAAUGGCGGCGGUCUAGUGACGCAAUGGCGAUGGAAUAUACGUGAUUUGUCCUUAGUUACCGAUAUUAAUUCAAUAAUUUUGGGUGGAAAAUGGAGAAAUUGAAAAUGUUUAAGAAAAAGCAACGAAACGGAGAGGGUGAAUGGAUUAGUUGUUUCGCCGGAGAUCAAAAAGUCAACGCGGAAUUGAAGAAAUUGACAAAUUCACCUGGGUGGGUUGCGGCAACCCGAAAGUUGUUGCCAAGCAACAAAAGUCCAGGAAGCAGUCGAGCAUCAACACCAUCCAGUCUAUCAACAAACAGCAAAUCUUCCAAAAAAUUAAAGAAAAAGAAAAAAGACAAAGAAGCAAAAAAUGAAAAGAAAAAAUUUAAAAUGGUUUUGGAGAAAGAUGAAGAAUUCGAAAUUGAUUAUGUGUCUCCUGAAGAGGAUGAAGAGGCCACCACUGAAGACUCAGAUGCUGACAGCAAACUAAACUCUGAUGAUUCUGAGCAUGAUUUUAGUUUUGAUGAAGCAGAAGAAGAUGAUGUCUCCUCAUUGGAAAACACCUCAAUGCAUCUGUCAGAUUACUCUGACAUUGAAAUGGAUGAAGAUUGUCCUCCUCUUGAAUUACCAGAAUCUAGUAAAGACCUGCUGGUACCAAAUAACCUGGUAUUACCAGUGCUUGGUGUUUAUGAGACGCUUCGUCAUUUUCGUUCCUGUCUCCGUCUCUCUCCGAUGUUGUUUGAAGACUUCUGUGCUGCUCUCGUUGAUGAAGAGACUAAUAUUUUACUAACGGAGUGCUUCACAUCAGUUCUGAAAUCUAUUCUGAGAGAAGAAGAUUCUGCUGGAGUGUUAUUUGGACCUCAUGAUCAAAAAGACUCGAUAUGGGCGGCAGUUGGCUUUAUCGAUCACAUGACUUGGCCUGAAAUUGUCCGAGGAUAUCUUGAAAGUACUGGGGAACAUCCUGAAGCUUUAAAGAUUGCUAUGAAUCCUAAGUUUCCGAGAGUUAAUGUGGAGGAUAAGGUUAAGGUUCUGAAGACACUCACAGACAUAUAUUUAACGUCGAAUAAGAUUAGAGACCAGUUAAUGACAGACGGAGUGAUACAUUACGAUGAUAACUGCAGAGUUUGCCACAAGUUAGGAGAUCUACUUUGCUGUGAAACUUGCCCUGCUGUGUAUCAUUUGGCUUGUUGUGACCCACCGUUGGUAGAGGUCCCAGACGAUGAAUGGCAAUGUGAAAUCUGCGUAGCUCAUAAAUUAAACGGAGUCUUUAACUGCGAACCCCAGCAGGAAUUCAAAAGUCAAUAUCUGAGACACGAACCAAUUGGAAUGGAUAGACAUGGCAAUAAGUACUGGUUCCUUGCUAGAAGGCUGAUUGUAGAGGGAGCAGAGGAAGUUCGUUAUUACUCAACAAUGGAACAAUAUGAAGAAGUUUUAUCAAAACUUGAUCUUGAUCGUUAUGAGAUCGUUUUGUUUGAGGCUCUCAAGGAUGUCACAGAAGAAUUUCCCAAACAGUGUAUUUUAACAGAAGAACUGACCAGGGAGGCAUUGCCUGAUGAAAAAACAACAAUGUAUCUUGAUGCAUUAAAAGCCCGUGUUAAACGAGAAAAGGAAGAAAAACUGGAACAAGAACGACUGAAAAAAAUGGAAGAAGAAAAAAGAAAACAGAAGGAAGAGGAAGAAAUCAGAAGGAAGGAAGAAAUGGGAAAAGCUGAAAAGGAAAGAAAGGAACAACAGGAAAAGGCCGAAAAGGAAGAACAGGAAAAAGCUGAAAACUCAAAAGACAUGAAAAUGGAAAUUGGAACUGAAAAACCAGAAGAAACCUCUACAACCACUCCUGAAGACCAGAAACCAGAUAUUACUGUUACAAAAACCAACACAGACCAAUCUGAUGUACCAACCAGCACCAUUCAAACCAUUCCAGAGAUUAAAGAAGAAAUUCCGAAACCAUUAGACAAAGAAACCCUCCCAGUUCCUGCAAAUUCUUCCGGCGAAGGGUCACAACAUUUAACCCCAAUUGCAACAGGGUCACAACCUUUAACCCCAAAUGCAACAGGGUCACAACCUGUGACCCCUGUUAAACCAGAAUUGCAAACAGCAAUAGAAAGCAUCACAGAGCCUCAAACUACAAACCCAAUUACUGUGGGGUCACAACCUUUAACCCCUAAAGCUUCAGAAUCAUCACCUUUGGCCCCCGAACUUGCAGGGUCACAACCUUUGACCCCAAAGAUAAUGACUUCUCAACCUGUUACUUCUACUUUAUCUGCUUUGAAAUCUUUGACGCAAUCAGUCUCAGGAUCGCAAUCAUUGACCCCAUCAGUAUCAAGGUCACAACCUUUGACCCCUGUGGUACUGAGUAGUACCCCUACAAGACCAGCAAUUACUUUGACCCCAAGAGGAGCCAUAAAUCCUGUCCUAACUCCGAAGCUGAUUCAGGGAGGUCAAGGAAAGAAUAUACAGGUUAUCAAAUUGAACCAAAAGCCAGUCCAAUCCAACAUCUCUCAGUUGAAGACAUUAUUUGUGUUGAACAAAGACGGAUCAAAAACACAAAUAACUCUGGGACCUGCAGGGAAGCUCAUGCCAGCUAAUGCUACAGGUAAUGCUCCAACCCAACUCAAUCGACAGAUCCUGGUUUUGAACUCAGCGAAGGUGGCUUUGCCUAAAGUUAACAGAGAGUUGAAGAAACUUGAGUUCACAGGAGCAGGACCUAAGACAUUGAAUACGACACCAAACACGCAUCAUAUAAUCAGCACACCUCAUCAGCUGAGACGGGGGAAGCCCAUGCUCGCGACUCCUACCACACCAUCACAGACUCCAGUCACCAUUAAAGAAGAACCGAAACCAAAGAAGAUAUUGACUCACGAUGAGGAGGCAGAGUCAUAUUUUAGACUAGGCGAAGACAAAGCGUAUCGUCAGUAUGUGAACCAUUACACAGAAAACAAUCUUGCUUUGAAUAAACUUCAACACAAAGAAGAGAGGGAUAGAGAGAGAUAUUUGUCGUAUAAAUUCUCAUUGUUUGGGGAGGGGCAGUUUAAAUGGAUCGGAGACACUAUGGGGAAUGAGAAAUCCAUGCUGGAGACACUUCGUAGCACUUUGAUGCAUCUGGAACACCAAAUACCUCUAUGCUUUAUGCAUACAAAAUGGGAAAGGUAUAGAAAAGCUUGGGGAAAGAUUGUGCUUGGAUGUGACACUCCACAGAACUUUGCUGCCGCUCUCGGAAUUCUUGAGAUGGCGACAAGAAACGUUGUGAAACGAUCGGUUUGGAGAGUUUCGAACGGAUUACCGAAAAUGAAACGAGUGUCUGUUACCGAUAAAGAAGAAUGGGACAAGAAGAGAAAACACAAGUUACGAGCGGACGAAGAAGAAUCGAAUAGAAAUGCUGUUUGGUGCAAAUAUACAUUCCCUAUCAAGAGUUCAUUGGUGUGGAAAGUUCGUGGUGAAGAAUACCGAAUGACUGGUUAUGGAGGUUGGAUUUGGGUUUCAACAACGAGACUGUCUAAAACUCGUCCGUACAGUUCAAAACCAUUCGCACUAGUUCAUGAAAUGAGCAAGGAUGCUACCCCCACUACAAAUGCUACCCCCACUACAAAUGAAAAACCAGUAAAGAUGGAAGUCGACACUCCAGAGAAAAAAGAAACCGUUCCAGUCCUCCCCGAUAUUGACACGGACUCAGAAAAAUCAACAUCGACUACCAGCACUACGACAACAAAGUCCGCAGAUUUAACCGAAGAAAAAACAAUUUUCGAUUCAUUGGUGCAAGAGGCUUCUUCUCAAUCAAAACCCAUUGUGACAUCAUCAAGUGAGACUACUGUGACAUCACAAUCUGAGUCAGAUACAGUGGCAUCCACAGCUAUACCCACUGUGACAUCACAAUCUAAAAGUCCUUUUGAGCUCUAUGACUCUAUAAUUAACUCAUGUGAUGUCAUAAAUGUAUCUGAGAAUCUUUUGAAACGUACUCCCAUAUACAACAAGAAAUGGUCAGCUUCCAAAGUGGAUAUAUUAUUAGGAUGGAGAAUGGUGCAAAAAGAGAAAGAAGCUGAAAAAGCUGAAGUUAAGGCUGUUACCAAUAGCGACAGCACCACAAGUGAACCUAAACCAGUUGCCGUAGUAACAAAAUCAAUAACCACAACAACAAAUGUAAAAGCACCUACUGAUGUCACCAUGGCAACUUCAGUUGCCGUGAGCAACAAACCGAAUGACAUUGUUAAAGACUCUGUUGCUAUGGAGACUAAUAAAACAUCGCAGACAACAACCAAUUCUGUCACUAUGGCAACUAAUGAAAACAAACAUCUCGUUGAAGAGAACAAAGAGGAUUCAGAAAUUGAUGUGGUUGGUGGUCUGCAAGGGGUUAAUUCUGGGAAGAUUCUCGAAGGCACCAGUACGAUGCCACUGCUAGAUAAAAUCCCUUGUAUUAAAGAGGAAUUACAAAGUGACAUUGAAGCCAUGCCACAGCAAGUCAAUGAACCUAUGGAAAUUGAUCCUCCUGUCAGUGCAGAUGCCACAAGUACAGUAAAAACCAAUUCUGUUGCCACGGCAGUGAACGGUGCCACAACCAGUACCAAAUUUGAAAUACCGCAAAUAUCUGAAACAGAUGUCAACACUGGGGACGGUGACACCAAAUUAGACCCUAACAUUCCAAAUUCCAUUCCCGCUGUAACUGAUUUUGUUGAUGCCACAACUGAUUCUGUAGAUACCACAACUAAUUCUGUUAAUGCCACACCUGAUUCUGUUGAUGCCAUAACUGAUCCUGUUGAUGUCACAACCAAUCCUAAUCAUGCCAAAGGCAAUUCUAUUGGUGCCACGACCGAAACUGAAAACCAUGUGGAGACUGAGACUAUAAUUUCUACUGAUGACCCCCUUACCAAACCAGAUGCCAUUACCAAUUCAUUUGAUGCCACGACCAAUGGUAUCAGCGCAGACACCAUAACUACAGAAGACACCACUGAAUCUGUCGAUAGUAUCGUUGAGACCACUCAGACCAAUAUGGUCAGCGAAGACCAGAAAGUAACAGUUAUCGAGACCAUAACCACGACCGUAACCAAAACUACCACCCUCAGUAAAACCAUUAUAAGUACCAACACUCAGGAACCAAUUAGCAGUACAUCUGUAAUCGGCUCAACUGGUGCUCUCCUCACUAAACCUGAACUGAAGGAUGAUAAAGAUAGUGGCAUUGGAGUUAUGCCACAAAAAGCAAAUGAUGUCACUAACAAUGAUGCCAAUCCCUCUGUUGAAGAUGGUACCAAUUCAAUAGAAGUUGCCAAAAAUAGUGAAACUGAAGUCACGCCACAAUUUGUACAAGAUGCCACAAAAAGUGAAAGCAGGGCCAUUGAAGUCAUGUCACAAUCCAUACAAGAUGCCACAGGAAGCGGUGCCAUUGGAGUCAUGUCAAAAUCAGUACAAGAUGCCGCAAAAAGUGAAAUAAGUGCCUAUGAAACCUUGCCAUCACAGCAGGUACAAGAUACCAUGAAAAAUGAAAGUAUUGCAAGUGAUUCCACACCACAAUCAGUACAAGAUGCCACAAAAAGUGAAUCCACGCCACAAUCAUCCCGAAGUGCCUCACCAAAUGUCAAAGAACCCAUUAUCUCUCUGCCACGAAUUACCACAAAGUCAGGAAUCAAGGCAGCCUUAAUGGUCACCAACGUCCAUAAAUCAAAAGUUUUGAUGUCACGAAUGUCACGGCAAAGACGAGUGAGACGUCAAAAUAAUAACGGCGUCCUGUCAUCAACACAAAUUGUUUGGAAAUUGCAACGAUACCGAAAAACAUCGUCCACACUGAAAAAAGAAAGUGCUAUGAAGCUCCCGUUGCCAUGGAAAUUUACAUCUGGGAAAUUGAGAAAGAAAAGUAUUUUCAGGCUACCAGCAUCUGUCACUCGAAAGUUAGCAAUCAGCGGAGGUCAGUGGGCUUACAGACGUGGAUUUACGUUCGGUGCAAAAUGGUUUUCAGGUCUUGAGCAAUACUGGUUCUACCCUUGUCCUCGGCCGACAUUCAGUCUAACAUGGAGAUACAAACUUCAGAACGUCAACACAUUUGGUGCAGUCGCUCAUCUUAUCAGAAUAUUCUGGCACGCGAUUAAGUGGGAUAGGAUGACUAUGAGGCCUCAGAAUGAUGAUGUCGUCAAUUCCGUAACAACUGAUGAUGAAAUAAUAACAACAGAACUACUCAAGCGUAAAGACAAUUUAUCGACUGGACUGCAUUCGGAAUAUUACGUUCGUCGCAUAACCAUGCCGAUAACUGACCCAGAAGAAGAGGCUCUCAAAGCUAUUAAACCUGCGGAAGGCUACACUCCAUCUCGUAAAGGUCUUCGGUCUAGUAGGCGCUCGUUCACAGCACGAGAAAAUAAGAAAGAAACUGGACCCCAAGUUCAAAUGUUGUGGGUGCCUGAGGAAGAAGUGGAACUGUGGCAGAUAAGACAGUUUGAUAUCUUGUUGAAACAACAGCAAAAUCGUACUCGGCCUUCAGUUACAACAACACCAUCUGCGACGUUUCUGCAAUCAGAAGUGAAUACGUUUAUCACAACGCCCUCCGGUGGAAUUCUACCAACGUUACAAAACCUUAAACCUUCAAGAAGUGAUCUGUCUACAUCUGGACCUGGGUUCAAUAUCGUGAAAUUGCCUCUUCAUCAGAACGCUCAAAUAUUACAGAAAUCUUUAAACAGUGGGAAGACAUUGAUUGGGAAAUCCCCAGUCUCAAAGAUUGUCGUGCAUCCUGGAACUGCCCAAUUCACACCAUACAAGCAAAUCGGUGGCUCAAACGUUUCAUCUCAGCAGACUAUUGUUCGUUCGACUCCGUCUGGAACUCAUUACAUUGUGCAGGGAGGAAAAUUGGUCAAACCUAUCAUGAUUAAAGCAAGUUCACCCGCAAUUGUAUCUCCUAUUCAGCCAAGGUCUCAACAUCCUUCAAUAAGAUUAAGUGAUGGCUCCCAUGCGAUCAAAUUCAACCAACAGUCCCCAAUGUUACCCAGCCCUGCAACGAUCGCACCGAGGCCCCCAGCCCCGAGUCAACAAACACAGAUCAAACUAACCACAUCACAGCUCUCUCAGUUGAUGAAAGUUGGGGCUGCAACCCCCGUUCGUGUGUCUGUUACCCUUGGGAAUGGGAGAACUGGUAUUGGGCAAAUCCAGCUCAUCCCUCCAGGAUCCCAAGUCACCCCUUCAUCAGGACAACAGCUGAUGCAGACUAGAGUUGGCGGGGAGGUCAAGAAGUUCUUGUUUACGCUGAUUUCUGAGACUAUACCACCACCUACUCCAGUAUCACCUCCUGUCAAUGAAGUUAGUCUCAAAUCAGCCUCAUUAUCACAACGACUUCAACAAAUCCAAAAACAUCAAUUCAUGCCAGGGAGGAACAAAAAUACGGAAAUGAAACGAUUGAUGACAGAUAAAGACCCAUUAUGGGGAAGCAAGCCUCAAUCUGCGGAGCGGACUCCAACAAUCUCCUCCCACCAUCAACAUCGUCAUGACAAUUUGGAGCGACCGAGGCCGAAACCUCUCAGUAGAAUCAGAAAAGAAGAAGGAAUGAGGCAAACUGUUGUGAUGCAAGUGAUGAAAUCAAUCCUGGACAGAAUAGAAAGAAAGGAAGAACUGGAAAACAGGAAAAGGAAAAGGGAGGAAGCUUUACUGAAACAGAAGGAAAGAAAAGAACAAACAGAACAGAUGAAAGUCCACAACCGUCAAACCCAGAUUCUUCACAAACAUCGAGAUCAUCUCAAGCAAGAUAUUCUCAAGAGAAGAGCAGUCGUUGAGAAAUACUUAACACAUGCUGCUAAGAACGAGCUUCGUGAGGAUUUACGCAAACACCGCAGAAAUGUGACCGAAUCAACAGGGGCACCAGUUUCUAAACGACCAAAGAAAACAUCAGGAAAUGCUAUCGUAACAAGUGCUGUCUUGACAGAGAACAAUUCAAAGCGACCAAUCAAAGAAGGCAAAGGAAAUCAACAACCAAUCAUAAAGAAGCGUCGCGAAACUAUGUCCCCGCCUCCCGAACCAAAAAAAACGAAAAUGAUAAACACGCAAUCUAAGAAGAAAGAUACAAAGCUAUACUGCAUAUGUAAGACGCAGUAUGAUCCUACAAAAUUCUACAUCGGCUGUGAUCUGUGUCUUAACUGGUUCCAUGGUACGUGCGUUGGCAUCCCUGAGACACGAGCUAAGUCAAUGAACGAGUGGAUAUGUGAGGAAUGUCAGAAAGCAAAGGAAGAACCUGCACAAGAGCUGUAUUGUAUAUGUAGGACACCGUAUGAUGAUUCUAUGUUUUACAUUGGUUGUGACAUCUGCCAAGACUGGUAUCAUGGUGAUUGCGUCGGAAUCUCUGAAAAGGACGCAGAUAAGAUAGAGUUCUACACUUGCCCUCGGUGUAAAAACAAGAAGAAGGGUGCCAGCUCAGCCGUUGCAGAAAAUUUACUCACACCUUCGGACCAUAUUGCUUUAACGAAGAUUAUUAGAUCACUAAGGGCCCACAAAAUGGCUUGGCCGUUCCUUCAACCCGUCAGUAAAUAUGAAGUCCCCAACUAUUACAAAGUAAUAAAGAAACCAAUGGAUCUUGGUACCGUCAUGAACAAGCUACCGUCGUACACGCUGCUUUCGGAGCUGAUGGGGGACAUAUCGUUAAUUUUCGAUAACUGCCGAAUGUUCAACGGAGCGGACUCUGCUCUCGCAAAGUGUGCGGAAAUUGUUGAGUCUGUUUUUGUUGGAAAAAUAAGAGAAUACAGAUCGAGAAGAAAAAGCAAAUGAAGGUCAUUACAAGGUCAAGGACAUUUUCCAAGGUCAUUUCAAUAAAUACAAACAUUUGGCCAAAAUGUUUGACCACUAGAUGGCUGAUAAGACAAAAGGGGAUUUCAAGGUCAAUGGAAAUCUUGAAGGUCAUAUUGACAUCAAUGUUCAGAAACUGAAACUUUGACCAAUAGAACAAACAACACACAGCAAAAAAUAGCUACCUUUGUAGCUACGAGAACAGGGGUUCUUAUCCGUUAUUCUUUUAAAUUUCAAAAGUGAAAUUUACCCCCAAAUAGUGCCAUUAAGCUUUAUUUUAAAUGGUCUUUUGUUAGCGAGAGCCAAAUAACAUUUAAUAUGUCACUAAUGUUGCAAUCCAAACAUUGGCCACAAUCGGCCUUAUAUAGGGAAGUGUUUUUAACACCGAACAAACUAGAGUGUAAUUUUCUUUGGGGGAUUAGAGUCUGAGGUGAGUUGUCAUAUGGGGAACUAGUAAGAAUUUGGUCAUUCUAGAACGGGUAGCAACAUUAUUUGUCAGUGGGUCACAUAACCAACUUCAGACGUCUUGCUAGCCCACAAAAAUUUAGCGGGAAAGCAAUUUAGUGAAUGAAGGGUGCGUGACAUUUUUUGUUGAUGGGCCACCCUGUGAAAUAACCUAUCUAAGCAGUGAAACUAGGAAGAACACAGAGUUUUCUAAAAUCAUUUUUUUGCCUGGACAUCUAGCUGGAUCACACAAAAAAAUUAGUUUUUCCUCGUACACAACAAACUUUUAGCACUCAUGGGUGUCAUGGUCCCCUGUUUAUCAUACCAGUAGUGUUUAUAGUGAUAUUUUGGUUCAUAGUUUUCAAAUCCUAUUAUGUUCAAACAAUGCAUGCUCAACAAAGUGAAAACACCCUUGUCAAAUAACCUUAUCAAGCAAUGAAACCAGGAAGAACAGGAAGUUUAUAGUGAAAAGUAAAAUCGUUUUUUGCCUAGUAUUGUGGCUUUUCCCUAAACUAAUCUCGUACCCCCUGUCCUUUAUCAUAUAUCCUAUAAUAUGUCAAUGGCUGCUAGUGUGAGGUCUUGUUUGGAGCAAAAAUUUUCAUAAAUAACGAUGUACUUUAUUGACGUUUAGUGAUGUGAGCCUGCCACGCCCACUUUUACAGGGACACGCCCUCAUUGCAUUGUUUUCGUUGGCGAUUUUAUUCAUAGUUUUUCCAUCAUGUUUGUUAUUGUAAAAGAUGAUUUUUCAGGA